AUGUGGAAGAGCAUAGGAGAAUUGAGUAGCGAGGACUAUGUGAAAGCUGGAUUGUGUUUGGAAGACGCUAAGGGAUUUGAAAAAUUGGUAAGAGAUGUGAUUUCAAGGACUAAAGGGAUUGACCCAAGAGAUCAGUGGAAGGCUUUGGUGGAUGAGAGUGUGCUUAAACCAUGGCAUCCUCAUCCUCUUCAUCAGCUUCUUUAUUACUCUAUCUAUUCAAACUGGGAUUCCUCUACUCAUGGCCCUCCUCUCUAUUGGUUCCCUUCUCCAUCUCUUUCAAAAUCCACAAACUUAGGAAGGCUAAUGGAAACUCACGGGUCAAGGCUUCUUGGUGCUUCAUAUAAAAACCCUCUAGAAAGUUUUGAUGUUUUCAGGAGAUUCUCAGUUGAACACCCGGAAGUUUAUUGGUCUAUUGUUAUCAAUGAGCUUUCCCUUAAGUUUCACACCCCACCGAGAUGCAUCCUUGACAAAUCAAAACCUGGAGGGACAUGGCUUCCUGAUGCAGUUGUCAACAUCGCUGAAUGUUGUCUGAUGCCUUCAAGCCAUCCCAAAAGGGAAGAUGAUAGUUUGGCUGUUGUGUGGCGAGAUGAAGGCUUUGAUAAUUCUCCAGUCAAUCAAAUGACAUUCAAAGAACUCCGCGAGCGAGUAAUGUUGGUGGCAAAUGCGAUAAGUAGAAGUUUUGCAAAGGGUGACACGAUUGCAAUCGAUAUGACAAUGACAGUCGAUGCAGUGAUUAUAUAUCUCGCAAUCAUAUUAGCUGGUUGUGUUGUUGUCUCCAUCGCAGACAGCUUUGCAGCUAAAGAAAUUGCAACAAGGUUGAAAAUCUCAAAGGCAAAAGGCAUUUUCACUCAGGAUUAUAUACUCAGAGGAGGUCGGAGAUUUCCUUUAUACAGUCGGGUGGUUGAAGCUGGUCCAUCAAAGAUCAUUGUCCUUCCCUCUUCAGGGACUGAACUGCGUGUUCAGUUAAGAGAUCAGGACAUACCGUGGAAGGAUUUUCUGUCCAAAGUGAGUGUAGAGAACUCCUUUCGCCCCAUCCAUCAACCUGUAAACUCUGUGAUUAAUAUUCUCUUCUCAUCUGGAACUACAGGUGAACCGAAAGCUAUACCUUGGACACAACUCUCGCCAAUUCGUAGUGCUUGUGAUGGAUGGGCUCAUCUUGAUGUCCAAGUGGGUAACACAUAUUGUUGGCCUACGAAUCUUGGAUGGGUAAUGGGACCAACUCUUAUAUUCUCUUGCUUCCUAACCGGUACAACGCUUGCACUCUAUCACGGGUCUCCCUUAGGUCGUGGGUUUGGAAAGUUUGAUGCUGGAGUUACGGUUCUUGGUACUGUUCCAAGCUUGGUGAAAACUUGGAAGAGGACAAACUGUAUGGAAGGCCUUAAUUGGACAAAGAUAAAAUAUUUCGCUACUACAGGAGAAGCUUCCAAUGUUGAUGAUGUUCUCUGGCUUUCUUCUAAAGCUUAUUACAAACCUGUGAUUGAAUGCUGUGGAGGCACGGAACUUGCUUCUUCCUACAUCAUUGGAAGCCCGCUUCAACCUCAGGCUUUUGGAGCGUUUAGCACACCAUCCAUGACUACUAGAAUCAUCAUCUUUGAUGAAAACGGCGUCCCUUAUCGACUUAGAAGACACGGUGACAUUGUGAAAAGAACCGUAGGUGGAUAUUAUAAUGUUCAAGGCAGAGCUGAUGAUACCAUGAACCUUGGAGGAAUUAAGACAAGUUCUAUUGAAAUCGAACGAGUGUGUGACCAAGCUGAUGAAAGCAUCUCUGAGACGGCUGCAGUGAGCAUAACGCCACCUAACGGUGGUCCAGAGCUACUGGCCAUCUUCGCAGUCUUGAAAGAUGGGUUCAAGAGAAAGAGUGAAGAAGAGCUCAAGAGAAUAUUCUCAAGAGCCAUUCAGAAAGAUCUUAAUCCUCUCUUCAAGGUGAGUUUCGUGAAGAUUGUGGCUGAGUUUCCAAGAACAGCUUCGAACAAGUUAUUGAGAAGAGGAGGUCUACACAAUGUUUCUUGGUUUCAGUUUCUUCCUAGUGAAACUGAGCUCAAUCCUAGCUCUCAUACAAGUUCAAGAGCUGAGCAGAAUGAUGUUGCGACAUAUCUCGUGCUUUCAUCUCAUCUUCGGUUGCAAAAAGAAGGGUUUCUUAGCACGUGGACCAACUCUUUUGUUGGACCUUGGGAUCCUUCUCAAGGCUUAUACAACCCUGAUGAAAAGAUCAAGCUUUGGCUUUUUCUUCCUGGUCGUCAUUCAUCAAUCACUGAUAAAGCUCAGGCUGCUGUCUCUAAACUUAGAGUUGUUGCGUCAGGAAUAUGGGUAGCACCUGGGGACUCUGAGGAGAUAUCAGUUGCCUUUUCACAGUCUUUACGUAAUUGCAUUGAAAGAGCGUUAAGUGGACUUUCCUAUAUGAGAUUUGGAGAUGUGUUUUCAAAAUUCAGCCAUCAAAGUGAAGAAUAUUUGAGGAGAGGUCGGCCUACUAUUGAAUUCGUAUUUGCUGCUACUGAAGAGGCCGUUUUUGUCCAUGUCAUUGUAUCUGCCAAGAAUGUCCGGACACUUUCAAGUGGCGAUGCAGAGAGACUGACAAGGAGUUCUUUAAAAAACUCCAGUUAUAGGCUUCCAGUGAUUGUCUCUCCUCAUGGAAUGCGGGGCAGCCUCACUGGAUUCUGUCCCAAUGACCUUGUCAAGCAAGUCUACUUCAGUUCUGGACACGUAAGGUCCUCGGGUGGAUAUAUUGGUCUUCCUCCUCAUGUUGCUCGUGGGUCCCGUCUGAUAAAUGGCGAUCAUUGUCACGUUGAAGUUACACUUGGUUCCUGCCAAAAUAUAAAUGACAACACACGUCAAACUAAUUCGACCUUUGCGGCCAAUGUUCCCCACAAUCAGUGUCCUGAACCAUCAGUUGGGAGUAAAGAUCACCGGAAAGGACAACCAGAUAUAUUAUCUAUGUGUGAAAAAAAGUUCAUAUAUCCAGCUGAGGCUGUGCUUGUGCCAAUCUUACAGUCGGCAUUUGCUAAAUUUUCUUUGAAAAGAUUUUGGCUUCAAAAUUGGAUAGGACCAUCACUGGCAGGCUCAUCGUUAUUUAUGCACUGGGCUGGUGAUUUUGACUUCCUUGGGGCGUCUGGAAAUAAGAGUGAUGAGUUCUAUGAAAAAAAUGGCUAUAACAGCAGCGGCAGUAGCCGUAAUAGCAGUAUUAGUUCAACAAGUAGUGCUUCUAGCGGGAGUGGUUGGAGAAGGAAUUCAAGAACUGGUGACCUUGAUGCGGAUGCCGAUUCUUUGACUUGUGAUGAUGAUCACCCAAAAAUGGGUUCCAAGCGGCCGCGAACAGGGAACGCAGAAUCAUUCGGUCAAGUAGGCAUUGCAAAUGAUCAAAUUGGUUGGGAUUGGGAUGAUAACGAUGAUGAUGAAAGAGGAGUUGGCAUGGAUAUCCAAGCACUUCUUUCAGAGUUUGGAGACUUUGGUGACUUCUUUGAGAAUGAUGUGUUACCUUUUGGGGAGCCGCCGGGAACAGCAGAGUCGCAUGCGCUCAUGCUUCCUUCAGAUUCUGCUGAUGUAGGUUCUAGUCCAGUGGAUAUGAUGGAUGUAUCAGAGCAGAUUGUUUUGCCCGUUGGGUUUUCGUCUUUUGAGAGCUUUAACCCUGUUCCCCCUAUCAUUGAUGAAUGCCUUACCAAAAAUCAAGAAGUCAUAAACCACAGUGUUACUUCAGCUCCUUCAACUCAUAUGGCAAGCUCUUCUACUAGUGAGUUCGAUCAUUUGAUGAAAGCAGAAGCUAUGAUGACCUUUGCUCCUGAGUAUGGAGCUGUUGAAACACCUAUGAGCGAGAGUUCAUCGACGUCUUUCAAAAGCCCAUAUCUUCCCAAAUCUCAUAAAGUGGAGAGUUCUAAUUCAACAACGAGUAACUAUGUUUAUGGACCCACACCACCGGCCAUUGAUUCUCAUGGAGCAGCCGAUAAGAAUUUACUUGGAUCAAAAGCAUACAUUGGUAACAAUGAAGGCAGAACUUUGUACACUAAGGUAGAGGGCAGCAAGGACCAAUAUAAUAAGCUACCUACGGUAAUUAGUAACAACAGUAGUACAAAGGAGGGUGUUUCUCAGUUAAAAUAUUCAAACUACAAUGCUGCUAGUGCUGUUAAAACCGUACAGGGGAAAAAAACUGAUGGUAUGUCUGCUGUUGUUAGUACUUUAUUAUCUUCAAAGACCUUGCUGGCAACAGACGUGGGAAGCGUUAUGUUCCAAGCCUUCAUGUGUAGGAUGCGGCACAAAGCCAUUUCUUCGAAGCACAGACUACCUGUUAGUCUGACUAGGCUCAGUGGUAACUUCUUCCCGAACCAAGUGCCAAAUGAGCUCAGUAGUCUGACAGACAACGUAUCUACAAGGAACGAGAUAUAUAAGAAAGAAAUACCUACUAGAAUUGCUGGAGAUUUCGACGGAGGAAUGUUAGAUAGUCACAUGAGUGCACCAGUUGGCGUGUGGCGGACUGUUUCAGUCCCAAAAACAGCAAAGCCUGCUAGUUCGCCAAAUAUUGACGCAGGCUCAUCCUUGCCCCAUAGUUCAUUUAGCGAAAGCAGCUUGCUUUCUUAUGGCCAAAGGCAACCAUUGCAAGAGCUUCUAGAUGGAAUAGUGCUACUUGUACAGCAAGCUACUUCUUUCGUUGAUUUAGCUCUGGAUUCAGAUUGUGGGGAUGGGCCUUAUGGCUGGCUUGCACUGGAAGAGUUGUGGAGACGGGAAUUGUCGUGUGGACCCUCUGCUGGCCAUGCAGGUUGUGGGGGAACUUUGGCUUCCUGCCAUUCUCUGGACAUUGCUGGUGUCAAGCUAGUUGACCCACUCUCUGCUGAGAUUUUUCCUUCCUCUGUCAUUACUCUACUGCAAUCUGACAUCAAGACAGCUCUGAAAACCGCAUUUGGUCAGUCAGACGGCCCAUUAUAUGUCACAGAUUGGUGUAAGGGCCGAAAUCAAUCAAUGGAUGGAGUAUCUAUUUCCGAGGGAUCUACUGCUGAGUCAGUCCUGAGUGAAGUGUCAAAUGCAACAGAUGGUGGGAAAGGAGAGGAGUCUGCUCAGAGCCAAGAUAUGUACAGUUCAGAGUUACUCCGACCGACACUUUUUGUUCUUCCAUCACCCUCUAUUCUUGUCGGGUACCAAGAUGACUGGCUUAAGGUCUCAACAAACUCCUUACCACAUUGGGAAAAGGCCCCUUUCGAACCAUAUGCUCUGCCUAAAAAUAUGAACUAUACUGUUGUAUGCCCGGAUAUAGAUCCUUUAACCAGUGCUGCUGCCGAUUUCUUCCAACAACUUGGAACUGUUUAUGAGACGUGCAGACUGGGGACCCAUUUGCCACAUAUCCUGGGAAAUCAAAUGGAAACUGACGCUGGAAGAUUAUCCUCAUCAGGAUUUGUUCUGCUUGAUUGCCCUCAAUCGAUGAAGAUUGAAAGCAAUAACACAUCACUUCUGGGAUCUCUCAGUGAUUAUUUUCUGUCUUUGUCGAAUGGGUGGAAUGUGAGUAGCUAUCUGAAGUCUUUAUCAAAAGCGCUGAAAGGUCUUAAGCUUGGGUCUUGCCUUAACACAAACCAGAAAGAAGGGUCAGCUAGUCCAUGCAUGGUAGUGUACAUUGUGUGUCCAUUUCCCGACCCUUCGGCAGUUUUAAGGACGAUCGUCGAGUCGUCUAUAGCACUUGGAUCAGGAAUACAGCCAGAUAGAGACAGGAGAUCGUUACUUAAUAGUCAAGUUGCAAGGGCGUUUGGUAGUUCUGCUGCUGUAGACGAAGCAUCAAUAUCUCACAUUCCAGUGCUUUCGGGGUUUAGCGUCCCUAAACUAGUUUUACAAGUGGUGUCUGUUGAUUCUAUUUUCCGGAUAACAAGUCCAAGCUUUAAUGAGCUUGUCAUCCUCAAGGAUACUGCUUUUUCUGUCUACAAUAAAGCUCGGAGAAUUUCACGAGGAAUGCCUAAUGAUGCAUUUCUCUCAUCACCAUUAUCUAACAGAUCCUCCUCAGCCUUGGCGCCAAUGAAUUCUAUUUCAGGAAUCUGGAAAGAUUGUGUUGGUUCUCGAAUGACAGGUUCUACACAUCCAAGAGAUGGUGAACUUGAUGGUAGCAUCAGAACGAGUAGUUGGGAUAGCUGGCAAAUGACAAGAUCUGGAGGAUUAAGCUGCGACUCAAACAGAAAUGGAGAUUUUUACAAUAAUGAUGAAGUUUUCUAUCUAUUUGAACCGCUUUUCAUCCUUUCCGAGCCUGGUUCCGUGGACCGUGGAGUUUCACCUACUUUUGGCGGCUUGGGAUCUGAGUCUUCAAAGCCAAUACCUGAGGAUGGUGGCAGAGGUUCAGGACUUGGCGUCAAUUCAAUGGAAGGUAUAACAUCGGGAUCAAGCUCCCAGGGGGAUGCAUCCCAAGUUGAAGGAAAGGCUACUCCAAGUUUACAUUGCUGCUACGGCUGGACAGAGGACUGGAGAUGGCUUGUAAGCAUCUGGACGGACGCCAGGGGUGAAUUGCUGGACACUCAUAUAUUUCCCUUCGGUGGAAUUAGCAGUAGACAGGAUACGAAAGGGCUGCAGUGUCUCUUUGUUCAAGUUCUGCAGCAGGGAUGUCAAAUACUACAGGCAUGUUCCUCUCCUGACAAUGGAUCUUUCAAACCCAGGGAUUUUGUCAUUACACGCAUUGGGAGCUUCUUUGAGCUAGAGUACCUAGAGUGGCAAAAGGCAAUUUACUCAGCUGGAGGUCCUGAGAUUAAGAAGUGGCCUAUUCAACUUCGACGUUCUGCACCUUCUGGCGUAGCCACCAAUAGCAACGGAUCUUCCUUGCAACAGCAUGAUCUGAGUUUGAUUCAAGAGAGAGCCUCGUCUACUAGCACACUCUACGGCUCUCACUCAAAACCAUCCACAUUUGUGAAAGGCGGUAUUGGGCACUCUGCUGGAAGAAAGCAAGCAAUGGGUGGACAAACCAUUUCUGGUACUCCAAGGGGUUUGUUUCAGUGGGUUCACAGCAUCAGUUUUGCUUCUAUUUCACUUGAUCAUUCUCUGCAUUUUGUUCUUCCGGCUGAAUUGGUAUCUCCUGGAGGUGGCCAGAGCAGUACUGGUAUGAGUUCAGCAAAUUACAAUGAAGGUUUCACUCCUGUCAAGUCUCUUGGGUCAACGGCUUUCUCUUACAUGAUGAUACCAUCACCCAACAUGCGCUUUCUUCAUCCAAGUCCUCUUCAGCUGCCUACAUGUUUAACUGCCGAAUCACCUCCACUUGCUCACCUUCUUCACAGCAAAGGCUGUGCGAUCCCCUUGUCUACGGGAUUUGUUGUUUCAAAAGCUGUGCCUUCCAUGAGAAAAGACUCGAGAAUAAACAUGAAAGAAGAAUGGCCAUCAGUUCUCUCUGUAAGUCUAAUAGACUAUUAUGGUGGUUAUGACAAUGCUCAUGACAGAGUUCUUCAAGGAAUCAUGAAGCAAGGUGGUGGAGGGACCAAAGAAACUAGAGAUUUUGAGGUUGAAAGCCAUCUUAUCCUUGAGUCAAUUGCAGCAGAACUCCAUGCUCUAUCGUGGAUGACUGUUAGUCCAGCAUAUCUAGAUAGGCGGACUGCAUUGCCAUCUCACUGUGAUGUGGUUCUCAGACUGAGUCGUCUGCUUCAUUUUGCGGAUAAAGAACGCUCCAGGCUACCAAAUAAGUCGGAAAUUUGA